GAUAGGAAUAGUUUUAAUUAUUUGUUUUCUUUUCGGAUACAUAUCUCAGAUUUGACAGCACAAAGAAGUCGGCCAUUUUAUUGCUUGAGAAGCUGUAGCUUUUCUGCCGUCGGGAGACUGUUGUAUUUUUUAUCUAAUUAUUUUUAUUAGGCAAUCGUUUUAACAGCGUACAAAUUGGUAUACGUAUUUAGUGUUUAAGGAUAGAGUUUAUUUACGUGAAGAGAUGGACGAUCCGAAUAGAAUGAUGGCGCAUAGCGGCGGGCUGAUGGGUCCGCAAGGGUACGGGUUGGCCGGGGGCGAGGGCGCGCCAGCGGCAGGGGAUGGCGAGGCUCGCAAGCAGGACAUCGGGGAGAUCCUGCAGCAGAUCAUGAACAUCACGGACCAGAGCUUGGAUGAGGCGCAGGCCCGCAAGCACACGCUCAACUGCCACAGGAUGAAGCCAGCGCUCUUCUCGGUGCUGUGUGAGAUCAAGGAGAAGACAGUACUGUCACUCCGCAACACUCAAGAGGAGGAGCCCCCAGACCCACAGCUGAUGCGCUUGGACAACAUGCUGAUUGCAGAGGGUGUUGCCGGGCCAGAGAAGGGUGGCGGUGCUGGCGCCGCUGCCUCCGCCUCCGCUGCGGCUGGAGAAUGGGACAACGCGAUCGAGCACUCGGAUUACCGCGCGAAGCUCGCGCAGAUCCGGCAGAUCUACCACCAGGAGCUCGACAAGUACGAGAACGCGUGCAACGAGUUCACCACCCAUGUGAUGAACCUGCUGCGCGAGCAGAGCCGCACGAGGCCCAUCACGCCGAAGGAGAUCGAGCGCAUGGUCCAGAUCAUCCACAAGAAGUUCAGCUCCAUCCAGAUGCAGCUGAAACAGUCCACCUGCGAGGCCGUCAUGAUUCUGCGCUCCCGUUUCUUGGACGCCCGUCGCAAGCGGCGCAACUUCAGCAAGCAGGCCUCCGAGAUACUCAACGAGUACUUCUACUCGCACCUCUCCAACCCCUACCCGAGCGAGGAGGCCAAGGAGGAGCUCGCGCGCAAGUGCGGCAUCACCGUCUCACAGGUGUCCAAUUGGUUCGGCAACAAGCGCAUCCGCUACAAAAAGAACAUUGGCAAAGCGCAGGAGGAGGCCAACCUGUACGCCGCCAAGAAGGCCGCCGACUUGUCCUGGAUCGGUGCCGCGCGCGAGCGCUCGCCCCCCGGCAGGGCUACUUCAAAUUACACCGCAGGCGCGUCCCCGUACUCGAUGGGCGCGGCGUCCGGCACGGCGACGCCGAUGAUGUCCCCGGCGCCCACGCAGGACUCCAUGGGGUACUCGCUGCCCGCCCCCGGCUACGACCAGCCGCAGCCCUCCUACGACGGAUCCAUGGGCUACGACCCCAUGCACCAGGACCUCUCGCCGUAGUCGCCCAGGCUCCGGAUAUUAUUCACUUGCGCAGCUUCCACUGAAUUGCCAUUUACGUAACUCUACUCUAGGUCCCUAACGGCUCUGAAGCCCUAGCAUAGUACAUUGUAUACUGUAACUUAUAAUACUUACAAACUCACAUGUAGCGUGCUAUUUUUGGAAAGACAUGUAAUUUCACCUUGUCUCACGUUCGAUCCGACAGUGUUUAUUUAUUCAGUUUCGGACGCAAAAAGUACUUAAAAAACGUAUUUGUACCUCAAUUGUACUGUAAAUGGUUGUUGCGUGGACUUUCAUGCACAGGCCGUCCUUAAGUGGCACUUCCGUGCUCGAAAGCGCCCUGUUGAACAACAUGACAAUUGUCAUCUGACAAUGACAAUUCGCCGUACAUUGCUUGUCCAAGAAGAAAGUAUUGAAGGUAGAUACCGU